AUGUUAUCAUCUUUCUCAAAACUCAUUCAUAAUUCUCGAUUCUCAUUAUCACUUAUAAAACAACAAUGUUCAUUUAUAUCAACAUCAUCAAUAAAAAAUGAUUUACCAUCACGUUCAUCUGAUAAUAAUUCUCAAAAGAAUAAAAAUGAUACGCAUGAUCCACAAAUUGAUUCAUCACAUCAAUCUGGUACAAUUAGUCAAAAAGAACGUACUGCAUGGGAGAAAGCAGAGCACGACAUAACUUCUAAUAAACAAAUAACCCCAAAACCAUUUCUUCACGAUCAAAAAAACAAUACAAAAGCACCCACUCAAUAA